AUGACUAUAGGAAACGAAAACAGAAGCAACGGCUUUGUAGCCCACUUGAAGGAUUACUGUUCCAAUUGCUCACUGGCCGGAUUCGCCUACAUGGCAAAUUCCAGGUUACAUUUUUCGGAGCGCAUAUUUUGGAUGAUUUGUGUGAUCGUUUCAACACUGGGCUGCUACCAUUUGAUCAUGGCUUAUCAGCGAAUUUUUCCUUCAAGAGCCGUCAGCAUUGUGUACGAGAGUCAGCCGCCGUUUUCCAAAUGGCGAUUUCCCUCUAUCAGCGUCUGCGAAGUCGCCCAUAAGGCUAAAUUAUUUCAAACAAUGGAGCAAUAUGUAGAGAGUUUGGGCUUUGAUGACGCCGGCGGAUAUCCCUUCGAAGUAGAAUCCGUCAUUGCGUGCAUUUUAUUUCCUGUAUCACUCACGGAGGACAAUAUGAAGACCAAAUGUGAGUCAAUCGAGACGAAUUGCCCAGAAGCGUGUGCAAAAUGUCCUUCAGAUGGUUAUCGCCAAAUACUCAACAAUUAUGGAGCCAACUGCUCGGACUUGUUCGUCGAGUGCAAGUUAUCCGGAAAGAAGUUCGACUGUUGCCAGUACUUUCGCCCCCUACUUACCCCCUUUGGGCGCUGCUUCAUGCUCAAUUCGCUUCUAAACAAUGAGCCUGGGUCAAAGCACUGGCUGCCCAACGUACUGGAUCCCGCCGAUCAGAAGGCCGUCAUAAAUGUGGUCACAAAAAUGGAAAUUCAAGUGUUCGUGAUAAAUGCGGAGGACAUCCCGCACACGGCCUUCUCUCCGCCCGGACUUGUAGCCAUAACUCCGGGACUGGGAAAGUAUAUGCAAUUCAACCAGGUGGUCAUGGAAAACGAUCCGGAUGUCAGGGAGGUCGACUCCAAGAUUCGCAACUGCCUCUUCCCCGAUGAAAACCCCAAAACUAGCCUAUACAAAGCCUAUAGCUUCAGCGUCUGCAUCACGGAAUGCAUUCGGGAGAUGCAGAUGAAGCUGUGCAACUGCACGGCAAUCAUGUACAAUCCAAAUGCCGAUAAACGCUAUCCGGACUGCGAUCUCAAAGGCUACCACUGUUUGGAGAAGAUGCGAGCGAUCAAGCCGGAUUCCAGGGUAUUAUUGAGCAACAAUAAGAAAAACAACGAAAGUUGCGGGUGUCUGCCGUCCUGCAAUGAUGGCGAUAUCUCUGCCAUUUACGAACCCACUACAAUUGUUCGAACCGGAAACAAGUACUUCAACGCCACACUAGACAUGCCCUUCCUGCCGACAGAUCGGUACCGACGACAGGCUAUUCGUACGCGUCUGGAUGUCGUGGUCUCCAUGGGCGGAAUGCUGGGACUUUUCCUGGGGGCCAGCAUCCUCAGUGCCAUCGAGUUCGUCUACUAUUUCACAAUGCGACCCCUUAACAAUUGGCUGCGCUCACGCUCGGCCACAGGAAAAACUUUCCGAGGAAAGAUUCCGGGAUAUGAGAAUAGAAAUAAAUAA